GGUACCUGACUUGAGUUAUGGAAAGUGAAAGCAGCUGGGUAUAGUGCAGACCACACCAUAUGCCCAGGUCAAGAAACUUAUGGACUCUCUACUUCAGUAUAAGACUGUAUAAGAAUAUAAGUAUAAGGCUGAAUAGAUGGAGUUUUAUGAGAAUAGGAAAUCAUAACUUAACACUAAGUCACUAAGAUUCUAAAGAAGAAACAUGUCUGAGUCAGAUGAUGAAGUUCAACUAUCAGCACAAGCAUUGGCAGCACUGCAAGAGUUUUACACAGAACAGGAGGCAGAGAAGGAAAGACUCACAGAAGCAAUGUCUGGAAAUGUUGACAAAUUCCAACCUAAGGAAGACUGGCAACUUAGCCAAUUUUGGUACGAUGAUAAAACUGCUGAGAGACUUGCAAAAGAGGCAUUAACUGUUGCUGGAGAGGAAGGGAGGAUUGCUUGUGUUAGCUCACCUACAGUGUACAAAAAACUUCGAGAGCUCAAGUCAAACAAAAUUGAGGCAAAAUGUCUUGAAUAUGAUUCAAGAUUUCAAAUUUACAAUGAGGACUUUAUUUUUUAUGACUACAAAGAACCUCUUAGACUCGAUGAAGCUUUAAAGAAUAGUUUUGAUAUUGUCAUCGCUGAUCCACCUUUCCUGUCAGAGGAAUGUCUCUGUAAAACUGCUAUGACAAUUAAGUUCCUAGCUAAAGAAAAAAUUAUUUUAUGUACAGGUGCUGUGAUGGCAGAUUUAGCGAAGAGAUUGUUACAGGUUACCCCUUGUAAAUUUGAGCCAAUGCAUGUCAACAGCCUACAGAAUAAAUUUAUGUGCUACACAAACUAUGAAAGUACAGGAUUAAACUAAUAGAUUUAUCA